AUGGCCGGAAGUCUUGUCGCCUCCAAACAGACCGUCCAUCGUAGAACCAAAGUGAAGACUGGCUGUGCAACCUGCAGAAUAAGGAGAGUGAAAUGCGACGAGAACAAGCCUUCUUGCCAAAGAUGUGUCGGCACUGGUCGUACUUGUGACGGCUACGAGUCUCCCUUCAGAUUAUUCGCCAGUCAACCUCCACCCAUCAACGACGCUCAUGCCGGCGGCAUCAAGUCAGGUGCUAGUUCACACCGCAUCCGGCCCACCUCGACUGAGAUCACCCCUGAGGACAUCGACCUCCUCAGCCGUUGCUUCUCAACCAAGACCAUCUUCGACGUGAAUAUUGGGUGUGAUGACGAAGCGAGGCAUGUCCUGCAAGCCAGCUUGACUGAUCCGCCCAUUCGACACGCAGUCUUGUCUCUCAGAGCUCUUCGAGAACAUCUUGAGACGUCCGGAAACCUCUCCCCGUCCGUCGCCCAACAGACCCCGGGCUACGACUAUGGCCUCCAGGAGUACUGUAUGGCCUUGGGAGGUCUCGCGUCUAACUUGUCGUGUCCGGGCUCCGACGGGCUGAAGUCGGCGUUACUUUGCUGUCAGAUCUUCGUCAGCAUCGAGCAAGUGCGAGGGAAUUACGCUGCUAUGGCCCAGCAUAUCGUUCGCGGACUCGGCAUCAUGCAUCAAUACCGGGCACGGCCGAGUCUCCAUGCCACGAAUGAGUUACUUCCAGCGCACGAUGUCCAGCUACCCUUUGUGGAUGUUUUCCUCAUCAAGCUGUUUGCUGCUCCGUGCAAGUUCGCGGAGCUUCCGGCAAGAACCGAUACAAACGAGAUGACGAUGUCUGCGUGUCCGAUGUCGACACAACAACAGCCGGGCGAAUCUCGACAGCUUCGCUCGAUUGCACCCGACAUGCGGACAGAGCUCACGAGGAUAGCUUCAUCGACGCUAGAAUUUCUCGAAAAGGUGUCUCGCGUCACAUCGGCAGGAAGCGCUCUCCAAUUGCUAUCCGAUAAGGCAUCUCUGCUGGACUCCCUAGGAUCGUGGCUUGCUGAUCUCGAACUCGUUCACAAGAAGAUGAACCCCGCCGGUUCAGAGCCUCUUUCAGUAUCUUUCAUGCGCCUGUUCUACCAGAUAUUAAUAAUCGUUCUCUUAGGGGCACUAGACUCCUCAGCAGAUCUUGAUGCCGAGCUACGGACCGAGAACGGCCGGUUACAGGAUGUGGCCAGCAUUGUGGGGGAAAGAGUCCAGGCUUAUUAUAAAAUGUGCGGUGGGACCUAG